AAAGCUGUACCGUAGAUCACUCAUCAGAAUCGCCAUGAAACUGUGGUCAGUUGUAGCGAUUGUUGUGCUGGUUAAAGUGUUUGAUGUUGCGGCAUUGCACAGGAAUCCAUUCGAUGUGAUUAGAGGCUGUAAGCAGUACGACAAAGUGGAAGCCUACGAUGGAAUUCUUAAAUACUUCCCGACGUCAAACCUACUCAAUGUUGGUCAUACGAAACAUUCCAAGUACUUUAAAAUCGCAAUCUUAGGUCAGAACGAUGGAAUCAUUCGGUAUGGGGACUCCUUGUUUCCGUACGAUAAAUAUGUGAUUGAGAUUGUAUUGGGAGGAUGGGGAAAUACAAAAAGUGCUGGCAGACACCAGUAUAGUGAAGUUCCGAAUCAUAACCUGCUGAUCGAGAUAAAAACACCACAACUGAUGUCACAGUUCCAGCCCACCAUGUUCGUGGUAGAAGUAUUCCACAACGGCACGGUACAAGUUAGCAUUGACGGACAGGAUCAUCCUUUCCUAUCGUUUAACGAUAGUAAACGCACUCCUGCCAAUUAUAUGGCUUUCACCAAGUGGAACAACGACGUAAUAUAUUUCUAUGAUUGUCCUUUGGAAAAAGUGAGCGCUGAACUGCUGCCCCUAGUGAGAAAUAAUAACUAGCAAAUCACAGGAUUGGUUCCAGCCGUAUAGUUGGUGGUUCGUGCUCGUACACGCAAUGUAAGGA